UAAUGAGGCUACGUCCAAGAUGGUCACGUGAUUCCUUUGGCUAGUACCAUAUUUUUUGUUGCUAAUGCUGUUAGAAGCUGCGUCGAAAGGAACAUCAGGAGCUUCCAGCGUUGUUUACUACCGCCAUGGAUUUUAACGUAAAGAAGUUGGCCAGCGGUGCGGGGCUGUUUUUCACCCGAGCGGUCCAGUACACAGAGGAGAAGCUGGGCCAGGCGGAAAGGACUGAGCUGGAUGCUCACUUUGAGAACCUAAUGGGCCGCGCUGACUGCACCAAACACUGGACGGAGAAGAUCUACAGACAGACGGAGUCCCUGCUGCAGCCCAACCCAAUUGAUCAUACUGGUGCCAGAAUUGAAGAGUUUCUCUAUGAAAAACUGGACAUGAAGGCCCCCUCCAGAGUUACCAAUGCAGAGCUGCUGGGUCAGUAUAUGGAAGAUGCAGCAAAGGAAUUUGGGCUCGUAACACCAUAUGGGAGCACUUUGGUGAAGGUUGGAGACUGUGAGAGAAGAUUAGGAGCAGUGGAGAGAGAGUUCAUACAGACCUCGGCCGUCAGCUUUCUCACUCCCCUCAGGAACUUUCUGGAAGGAGACUGGCGAACCAUUUCAAGAGAGCGCCGCCUGCUGGAGAAUCUUCGCCUAGACCUGGACGCCUGUAAAACACGUGUGAAGAAGGCAAAGGCGACCGAGGCCAAGGCAGCGUGCGAGGGUGCAGCAGCCCCGGAUUUCCAGGAAACCAGACCUCGCAACUAUGUGCUUUCUGCCAGUGCGUCUGCGCUCUGGACUGAGGAAGUGGAAAAAGCUGAACAGGAUCUCAGACUGGCACAGACAGAGUUUGAUCGACAAGCAGAAGUUACCCGGCUGCUUUUGGAAGGCAUCAGUAGUACGCAUGUGAACCACCUGCGGUGUCUGCAUGAGUUUGUGGAGGCCCAGGCUGCUUAUUAUAAGCAGGGUCAUCUUCAUAUGCUGGAGCUACAGAAAGAACUGGGAAGGCUUCCCAACGCCUUUGCGCUGAACUCCACUCACUCCGUGGCUACUCCAGGCAGUGAGUCAGAAGCCAUUGGUAGCCCUGUGGAGACGGAGACACUAAAGAUAGAAGAAGUUCAGGCACCAGCUACAGGAACCCGCAAGGCCAAAGUGCUUUACGAUUAUGAUGCUGCUGACUCGAGUGAACUCUCCCUGCUGGCUGAUGAGCUGAUUACAGUUUACACAGUGCCAGGAAUGGACUCCGACUGGCUGAUUGGAGAAAAAGGAAACCAGAAAGGAAAAGUGCCCGUCACAUACCUGGAACUUCUCAGUUAGAGUGCACACCUGAGUGUGAGCAGGCACAACUGAAGCUUUUACUUCAAAGGAAAUCACACUUGCACUAACAAGUAGGCUUCAGUAACACUCCUCUUAGCAAAAGCUGCACACACUCCUCAGAACAAUGGCAUAAGGUCAUACACUGUUGCAAUGAAAGCAAGAAAUUCCCUGGCUGGGAUCUGUAACAUUCCUUUCAGAGGAGCUUUGGUGAUUCAUUACUGUCGUCAUAAUGAUGUUGUCAUUAAUAUUUUUUCUCUUUUUUUAUGUGCAUCUCAAAGGUUUAUUCAGAGGAUUUCUGAUGCUAACUUAUUUUUUUCCCCGACUUUUCUUUGUUCUGCCUUUGUUUUUCUAAACAUAUUUCUACUUUUUUAAUACUUUUAUUCUGCAUUAGUAGGUUGGUCUUAAAAGCUUUCAUCUCAUCUCUUUACAUGAGGCAAUGUUUGAUGUGAGGCAUGCAGUUUUAUGUCCUCAGUUUGUUUGGGUUAAAGCGACUUAACAUUUAAAUAAGUGAAACGCGUGUGUGCUUGAAUCAUGCCUUGUUGACGUCUUGAUUUCCUAAACCACCAUACAUCACAAGGCUUGAUAUGGCUCCAUUGUUUCAAAGGAGAAACGUGUGUUUUCCAUAAAACACUACGAUGAGAACACAAUUUACUUUCAUACUCAGACCCUAACUUCCACUGAAGAAUACCUCCUUUUGGACUCCUUUUGACUGUUCAGAGGAAGAUUUGCCUUAUUGUUGAUGAAAAUGAAUGUUUUUAGCAAUACUGCUCGCUUCAUUCCUUUCCACUACACUGCAGAUUCCUGCGUGAAGAAGAGUCUGCACCACUGUUCAGCCAAUAAAAAACUGCCUUACAGUAGUAGAAGGAUGCUUCUCACAGAAUGUGACUUCAAGCCACAGCCUGCAUGCAAGAGUGUAUCUUCCCUUCAUGAUACCAGGGUCUGUUCAGGUAGUUUGUCCUUUAAGUGGUUUAUUUUAAUACCUUCAGCCAAGUUUGUUUACUCAAACAAAGUGUCCUCAGUCUUAGUGCUGCAUGUGCUCCAAACCGCUGUAGUUGCCUGUCCUGCUGGAAGUGUGUGAGUGUGAAUAAAGGAUGUGAGAUCAGACCUUCUUUGCACCAAACCUCACAUCCAGCCUGUGUAUGCAUGAACCUUUUUACCUCCUAACCACUGGUAUUAUGAGUUUUUGUGAAAUGAGCAUAAGGCUGUUUUAGCUCCAACACACGAGACCCAGAAGAUGCAGAGGAAUGUAAGGGCCUUGUCCUUGCCUGGUUUCUUUUUAAACAAAUGUUCUACUGAUUUACCUUUUUAUUUUGUCAAUAUGUUUGCUUGUUCUGCCUUGUGUUAUUUAAACGAGUAAAUAAUUGAAUAAAUGCAUAAUUUAUUUGAAA